AUGGAGCAUAUCCGAACGCCGAAGGUGGAGCAGGUGCGCUUGUUGGAUCGUUUCAGCAACAAAUCCACCAGCGGCACACUAUACCUCACAGCGACGCACCUCAUCUUUGUGGAGGUCAGCUCCAACAAUUCCCCAUCUGCUGGGCAAGAAGUUUGGAUUUUGCACCACCACAUUGCAUCUGUGGAGAAGCUCUCGCUCACCACCUCGGGCUGUCCAUUGGUCAUUCAGUGUCGUAACUUCAGAGUGGUUCACUUUGUGGUGCAGCGAGAACGCGACUGCCAUGACAUCUACAGCUCGCUUUUGCGCCUUCUUCGGCCUGUGUCGUACGAUGAGCUGUACGCAUUCUCGUACAAUCCCAAACAGAACGACCAGCAGCGUGAGGAAGGCUGGCAGCUAAUUGACUUAGGAGCAGAGUUCGAGAGGAUGGGCGUCCCCUGCGACCAAUGGCAACUCACAGAUGUGAACAGAGACUACAAGAUUUGUGAGACAUAUCCACGCGACCUGUACGUCCCCAUCACGGCCAGUAAGCCCAUUAUUGUGGGCAGUUCCAAGUUCAGGAGCAAAGGACGCUUUCCAGUACUUACUUACUUCUACCAAGAGAAGAAGGCGGCAGUGUGCCGGUGCAGCCAGCCUCUGUCUGGCUUUAGUGCACGCUGUUUAGAAGAUGAGAGCAUGCUUCAGGCCAUCAGCAAAGCCAACCACAACAGCCGAUUUGUUUACGUCAUGGACACCAGGCCAAAACUCAACGCACUCGCCAACCGAGCGGCGGGCAAAGGCUAUGAGAACGAGGACAACUACUCCAACAUUCGCUUCCAGUUUGUGGGCAUCGAGAACAUCCAUGUAAUGAGGACCAGCCUGCAGAAACUGCUUGAAGUGAUUGGAUCUCGGUCCCUCUCCAUGAGUGACUAUCUGGUAGGGCUGGAAAGCUGCGGCUGGUUGAGGCAUAUAAAGUCUGUUGUGGAUGCAGCAAUCUUCCUUGCUAAGGCGGUGACCCAGGAAGGAGCCAGCGUUUUGGUUCAUUGUUCUGAUGGGUGGGAUCGAACAGCGCAGGUCUGCUCCCUUGGAGCUCUACUCAUGGAUCCCUACUAUCGUACCAUCAAGGGUUUCAUGGUACUGAUAGAAAAAGACUGGAUCUCCUUCGGCCACAAGUUUGCAGAUAGGUGUGAUCAAUUGGACGGAGACCCAAAGGAAGUGUCUCCCAUCUUCACUCAGUUCCUUGAAUGUGUCUGGCAGCUAUCUGAGCAGUUCCCUCAGGCAUUUGAAUUUAGCGAGUGGUUCCUGCUUCAGAUCCACGAGCACGUCCACUCAUGUCAAUACGGAAGCUUCCUCGGUAACAACCAGAGGCAGAGAGAAGAGCUGCAGCUAAGAGAGAGGACUCAUUCAUUGUGGGCGCAUCUAAUGAGUGAAAAAUCGAACUACUUGAAUCCGUUCUACAGCCUCUCGUACACUGAGACGCACCCUGUGCUUGAGCCCUCCACUUUGCCCUACCAUUUCAAGUUUUGGAGAAACAUGUACCACCAGUUCGAUCGCUCUAUGCACCCUCGGCAGUCUGUCCUGAAGACCAUCCUGACUGGGAGGGAGAACAGUCGGAUGGCGGAGAGCAAGUUGCAAGCACUGGAGAGUAGGCUCCAACAGCUUGGCGUGACACCAGUCGUGAGCGCCGAACUCUCCAUAGCCACUCCGACCAGGGAGCAUCGUUCACUCGACAAACCCUUCCCGCCGCGCCCCGACUCUCUCAUUCUGGGAGCGCCUGUCAAUCACAAAGAGGCCCGUCGGCAGCAGGAGGAAGAUGAGCACGAGGAGAUCGGCGAGGAGGCCACCGAGAGCGCCGACACCGAGCGGACAGUAGAGGGCAGCAGCGGCACCGAGAGCCGUAAGCAGAGCUACGGAGAGCUUGAAGGGACCUACAAUAACGAUGUGGCCAAAGAGGAACCGGCUGUAGUGAGUCUGGAGUUUGGAGUGGCACGCAUGACCUGCUGA